CACAUCUGGUAAUACUCUCUGUUAGCGCUUCCUGGUUCUAAGUCUCCAUGGUAACCGGCAGCCACGGCGCCGCGCGUUGCAUGUUGGGAACGGUCUGGUCGCUAAGCUACAGACGCUCGCAACCACACAUACCGGAAAGAGUGGCUAAUGGCGGAAAAUCACUAUGGCGCCUCUGAUUAUGACCAUCGGGCCAUGAAACUGCAGCGGAAUCUCAGAGAAUGUGAAGGAAAGAGAUUAGCGUUGGAAAGAGAGCUAUUCCAGCACAGCUCAUCUGAUGCACACAUAUGCCAUCUCAAGUACAUUAAACUGAAAAACUCCUUGAAAGAAAUAUGUGAGCGUGGGAAGAAAGCCCGCCUUAGAAACCAGGCAUUUCUGCAUGAGUUUGACCUCAUUGAAACACGACUCCAUGGGUUGAUAUCCAAUGCAAAUGCUCUUCAGCAAAAGAAGAUGCAGCUGAAUUCACAUCCGCCAGAAAUUAACAAAGGCCCAAACAUGUCAAGAAGCAUGUAUCAUCCGGCAACAAUCUUCAUGGGCCGCCAAAUGUCAGCCAGCUCAAGCAUUGAACAUUGCCUUACACAGAGGAAAUCUCCCCAGCCCACAAAGAGCUUUUCAAUUUCUGACCCACAUUCAGUCAGACAGGCAGCAAUAAACAGCAAUGUGACAGACAGCUGUGUAGUACCAGCUAAUAGUGAUAUUCAGUGCUUAAAUAAGCCUGACAAAAUAGAUGGGAACACAUCCUUCCAGAUUAGUCAGAAAAUGCCGGUCACAUCCGUUGCAUCCUCUGAGGAUGGAAGAACACACCGUGUAGAGAUCGACAAGAGUCAAAGUGGUAGGAAACAUUUAGUUGAAAGCAAGCAAUCUGCACAACUUAGCACACAGACUCUGGAAAGAUUAAGUCCAGAGAACAGAGCAAGGGAUUUACAGAAUGACAGCCCAGGCAACAAGGUGGAAAAAUCAUUGAUGUAUGAAAGGCUGGUUCCUAAUGAAGAGAGAUUUACACACGCAAACCCCUCUGGAGCUUCACCUGAUGCCUGUGAUUACAUAAAUAACCAAACAUCAGAUAAACAUAGCACCAGGGAAAAUCUGUCAGAUACGAUUGAAAGCCACCUUAUCAAUGAAGAAGAAGGCAAUGAAUGUCUCGACAGCAGCAGUGACCUUACAGUUUCUAUUAGUGAAUCAGAGGAUGAUUCCCAUCCACCUGGUGAAGUCAGUGUAGAAGCCGAAAGGAAUGAUGGAAAAAACCCAUAUACAGCUUUAUCCAAACAAGAGGCUUUUGUACUAAAGAAUAAUGAAAAAACACCUACCAUACAGUACCUCCAAACAACAGAAGUAAUUUCAUGUGAUGAGUCUUCUUCCUCCUCUACAAUCAGUCAGAAUAACUUGACUGAUGAAGGAUUUUUCCAUUUGCUUCAGUCAGUAGAGAGAAUGGUGCUGCAAAGGAAACAUGGCUGUAUGGAACUUUACCAAAGAGCAGGUGUAAGCCACAAAAAACGUGUACAUCUCAUAAGUGUUUGCAACCAGAUGAGAGAGUUGACGGUUAAAGAUCUUGAGGCCUGCUGUGCACUUGUACUGUGCAAGGUCCAGGAACUGCUGAAGAGCACAUUGGCUGGAUACUUACAUGAAGGAACUACUGACACUCACAGUACAGAAGCAAGUAAAGAGAGGUCAGUGUCAAGAUUACUGCAGGAAAGACUGCUUGAUCAUGUUGCAUUCCUAAAUAAGCAUCAUGUUUUGAAUGAAAAUAUUCUACCUGAAUGUUUUACCUCCCUGAUCAUGUUAAAUGAUGGACAAAACAGUUGCCAGAAUGUGGAAAAUUCUACUGAAGAUGAAAAUGUACCUCAUAGAACCAGCACUACCAGAGAGGAUUCCUUAGCUAUAAAGCCUGGACAGACUGAAAAGGAUCUUUCUAAAACCACAGCACUGUCACACCAAAACAUUGAGACACAAGAUGUCAUAAGCUCACGUGCAGAUGACAAGAAAAAAGAAAACUUCACAGAAAAAAAAAAAAUUACAGGCCAGCCAGGAGUUGUGCCACAGAGUGCAAACACUAGUGUUCAAAGCAGCACACAAACCGAGGAGGAAAAUGAUGAGGAUGAAAUCAGUGAUAUAUCAGACAUUGACAUUCCUGGGCUGACAGUGGAAGAAGGCAAUCCCAUGGCAAAAACAAGCAAGAAACUGAGCUCAGAAACAAGUUUUUCUUCUAGUGAAAAAAGUCCCCUAUCCAGAAAAGAAGACAAAGACAUUCAACCAAAUUAUUUGAAGUUAAACAGUAUGUCUACAGAUAACAAGUUUAGCAAGGUGGUAACAACUGUAAAGUCUAAAGCUUUUUGGGGUGAAUCAGAGGACAGCAGUUCAGAUAUAGAAGCCAUGUUAAGGCCAAAAACAGAAAGUGCAGAUGAUUUUGAUGAACUCUUUGACUAGAAUGCAAUUUCUUGAAUAUUGCUGUUACUUUUUUAAAUGAUGUGUUAUUGGUAUGUCAGACAAAAACAGCAAUUAAAAGAAGGUAUAAUGUAAUAAAAUCUGACCUGUCUGCAGUGUUAUCACACAAGUGUAAACUUUACCAUAUUAUGAUUGAGUUAUAUUUAACUUUUCCCUGUUAUUUUUGAAUUGAUUACCAAUUUAAUUAGCAGAUUGCUUUCUGUUUAUAACUGAUCAGUACUUGUGUUAAAAAAUUUGGCCCAGUAACUCAUCACUUGGAUGCCAAUUUAUACAAAUUCAAGGUCAACAACAAAAAAAAGCUGACAAAUUGUGAGCAACUUUUCACUACCUUGUUAAAAGUGACAUUAGCACCAACAAAAUUAAAAUGUUUUAAAGUAAUUGAAAUAUAAUGUACUCUUGCCCUGCACUGAUACAACUGGUGUGUUUGCUUCAUAAAGACUAUUAUAGUUCAAAUAAAUAAGCUGUUGUGUAA